AUGGCUGGGGCUUUAGUUGGAGGUGCUUUCCUCUCGGCUUCUCUUCAAGUUCUAUUUGACAGGUUGGCUUCUCGCGAGGUUGUGAGCUUCAUCCGGGGGCAGAAGCUCAGUGAUGCGCUCCUGAAGAAGUUGGAAAGGAAGUUGCUGGUCGUCCAUGCAGUGCUCAACGAUGCUGAGGUCAAACAAUUUACAGAUCCAUAUGUGAAGAAGUGGCUGGUCUUGCUUAAAGAGGCUGUGUAUGAUGCGGAGGACAUAUUGGAUGAGAUCGCCACAGAGGCUUUGCGACACAAGAUGGAAGCUGCGGAGUCCCAAACCAGCACAAGUCAGAGCAUAGAAAAGAGGGUGGAGGAGAUCAUUGAUAGACUUGAAGAUAUGGCACGAGACAGAGCCGCCCUUGGGUUGAAAGAAGGUGUUGGCGAGAAACUGUCACAAAGGUGGCCUUCUACUUCUUUGGUGGAUGAAUCUCUUGUCUAUGGCAGGGAUGAUGAAAAACAGAAGAUGAUUGAACAGGUGUUGUCUGAUAAUGCAAGGAGGGAUGAGAUAGGUGUGAUUUCCAUAGUGGGCAUGGGCGGCCUUGGCAAGACCACACUUGCUCAGCUUCUAUAUAAUGACCCAAGGGUGAUGGGACACUUCGAUUUGAAGGCAUGGGUUUGUGUUUCCGAAGAAUUUGAUCCUAUUAGAGUUACAAAAACAAUUCUGGAGGAGAUUACUUCAUCCGCUUUCGAGACAAAUAACCUAAAUCAGCUUCAAGUUAAACUGAAAGAGAGAAUUAAUACGAAGAAAUUUCUACUUGUCUUGGAUGAUGUUUGGAACGAGGACUCCAGUAACUGGGCUAUGCUACAAACUCCACUCAAAGGCGGGGCAAAGGGAAGCAAGAUUGUUGUAACGACCCGCAGCACCAAUGUUGCAGCAGUUAUGCGCGCUGUUUAUUCUCAUUGUCUUGGUGAACUAUCCUCUGAAGAUUCCUGGUCUCUGUUUAGAAAACUCGCAUUUGAAAAUGGAGACUCGAGUGCAUAUCCACAACUAGAAGCAAUUGGUAAGAAGAUUGUGGACAAGUGCCAAGGUUUGCCACUAGCUGUAAAAGCAGUGGGGGGCCUUUUACAUUCUGAGGUUGAAGCGAGGAAAUGGGAUGACAUACUAAACUGCCAAAUAUGGGAUUUGUCCACUGAUACAGUUCUUCCUGCAUUGAGAUUGAGUUACAAUUAUCUGCCUUCACAUCUAAAGCAAUGUUUUGCCUAUUGCUCAAUUUUUCCCAAGGACUACGUAUUGGAGAAAGAGAAGCUAAUUUUGUUAUGGAUGGCUGAGGGUCUUUUACAAGAAUCAAAAGGCAAGAGAAGAAUGGAAGAGGUAGGUGACUUGUACUUUCACCAGCUUUUAUCGAAGUCAUUUUUUCAAAAUUCAGUUAGGAAAAAGGAGACACACUUUAUAAUGCAUGACCUUAUUCAUGACUUGGCUCAACUGGUGUCUGGAGAAUUUUCUGUCAGUUUGGAGGAUGGUCGGGUAUGCCAAAUCUCAGAAAAGACUCGUCAUUUAUCAUAUUUUCCGAGAGAAUAUAAUACCUUUGAUAGAUAUGGAACACUUUCUGAAUUUAAGUGUUUGCGAACAUUUUUACCAUUGAGGGUUUACAUGUUUGGCUACUUAAGUAAUAGAGUUCUACACAAUCUAUUAUCGGAAAUUAGGUGCUUGCGGGUGUUGUGUUUGCAUGGCUAUGGUAUUGUUAAUUUGCCCCAUUCAAUUGGCAAGUUACAACAUUUGCGUUACUUGGAUCUCUCUAAUACUUUGAUUGAAAAAUUGUCUACAUCAAUAUGUACUUUGUACAAUUUACAAACAUUGAUAUUGUCAAGGUGUUCGAAAUUGUAUGAAUUGCCUUCAAGAAUUGAAAAUUUGAUUAAUUUGCGUUAUCUUGACAUUGAUGAUACCCCAUUAAGAGAGAUGCCAAGUCAUAUUGGCCAUUUAAAAUGUUUGCAAAACUUGAGUUAUUUCAUUGUGGGGCAAAAGAGCGGGUCGGGGAUUGGAGAAUUGAAGGGACUUUCAGAUAUAAAGGGAACACUUAGAAUUUCAAAGUUGCAGAAUGUGAAAUGUGGCAGGGAUGCAAGAGAAGCCAAUUUGAAGGACAAGAUGUACAUGGAGGAGUUAGUGUUGGAUUGGGAUUGGAGAGCAGGUGAUAUUAUACAAGAUGGAGACAUAAUUGAUAAUCUUCGGCCACAUACAAACCUAAAGAGACUCUCUAUUAAUUGUUUUGGUGGUUCGAGAUUUCCGACAUGGGUAGCAAGUCCUUUAUUCUCUAAUCUCCAGACCCUAGAGCUUUGGGAUUGUGAAAAUUGUUUAUCAUUGCCACCACUUGGGCAGCUACCCUCUCUUGAACAGUUACGGAUCUCAGGAAUGAAUGGAAUAGAGAGGGUGGGCAGUGAGUUUUAUCAUUAUGGGAAUGCUUCUUCCUCCAUUGCAGUUAAGCCUUCCUUCCCAUCCUUACAAACUCUAAGAUUUGGGUGGAUGGGCAAUUGGGAGAAAUGGUUAUGUUGUGGAUGCAGACGUGGAGAAUUCCCUCGUCUCCAGGAGCUUUAUAUAAUCAACUGUCCAAAACUCACUGGGAAAUUACCAAAACAGCUUCGAUCCUUGAAGAAACUUGAAAUUGUUGGAUGUCCGCAGCUGCUUGUGGCUUCACUCAGAGUUCCUGCAAUCAGUGAAUUGAAUAUGGCCGAUUGUGGUAAAUUACAGUUGAAAAGGCCAGCUAGUGGCUUCACUGCUCUUCAAUUCUCACGCGUUGAAAUUUCAAACAUCUCUCAGUGGAAGCAACUACCAGUGGGAGUGCAUAGCCUCUCAAUUACAGAAUGUGAUUCUGUGGAGACUCUAAUAGAAGAGGAACCGCUCCAGAGCAAAACUCCUCUUCUCAAAAAAUUGGAAAUCACAUAUUGUUGUUUGUCUAGAUCCUUGCGCAGAGUUGGUUUACCCACUAAUGCAUUGCAAUCACUAGAAAUCUCUCACUGUUCCAAGCUAGAGUUUCUCCUACCUGUGUUGUUGAGAUGCCACCACCCUUUCCUAAAAAAUAUACACAUUAGAGAUAACACCUGUGAUUCUCUUUCAUUAUCCUUCUCCUUAAGCAUCUUCCCAAGAUUGCGUUAUUUUGAAAUCAUUAAACUUGAAGGGCUUGAAUUCCUCUAUAUCUCCGUUUCAGAGGGGGAUCCCACAUCUCUUAAUUAUUUGAGUAUCUCACGGUGCCCUGAUGUUGUAUAUAUUGAAUUACCCGCUCUCGACUCAGCAGGUUAUUUUAUCUCCAACUGCUUGAAGCUCAAGUUAUUGAAGCACACCCUCUCAACUUUGGGGCGUUUGAGUUUAUUUCAUUGUCCAGAAUUGUGGUUUCAGAGGGAUGGCUUGCCCUCCAACCUACAUGAACUUGAAAUUUCAUGCUGCGACCAACUCACAUCUCAGGUUGACUGGGGUUUGCAAAGACUGGCCUCUCUUACAAGAUUCAAUAUCAGGGGUGGAUGCCAAGAGGUUCAUUCUCUUCCCUGGGAGUGCCUACUGCCCUCCACAAUUACCACUCUCAGAAUUGAACGACUUCCAAACCUCAAGUCUCUGGACAGUAAGGGGCUUCAACAACUUACCUCUCUCUCAAACUUAUACAUUGGCGACUGCCCUGAGUUCCAAUCCUUUGGAGAAGAGGGGCUUCAACAUCUCACCUCCCUCAUAACAUUAUCCAUUAGCAAUUGUUCUGAGCUCCAAUCCUUUGGAGAAGAGGGCCUUCAACAUCUCACCUCCCUCAAAACAUUAUCCAUUAGCCGCUGCCCUAAGCUCAAAUCUUUAACAGAAGCAGGUCUUCAACACCUUAGCUCACUUGAAAAUUUGCAGAUCUCCAACUGCCCGAAGCUCCAAUACCUGACAAAAGAGAGACUGCCAAACUCCCUCUCUUUUCUGGCUGUUUACAAAUGCUCUCUGCUGGAAGAUCGCUGCCAAUUUGGGAAAGGCCAAGAUUGGCAGUAUGUAGCUCACAUUCCAAACAUAAUCAUCAACAAUGCGUUAUACUUAUGAAGAUGGAAAUAUAUCAAUGUCAAUCAGGUACUUGUUCCAUACUCAAAAUAACUUCCUUCAAAAUAAAAAAUGAUGUGGCAAUUAUUAAGUUUAUGCUUCAAAAUUUCUUAUCAUCUCUAUAGUGCUUCCUUGUUCUCUAUAAGGUUUGGUUGAUUUGGUUAUGGUCAUAAAGGCAUGGUGCCAAGCAGCUCUCAGG